AGGGGUCAGGAAUGUCCCGGAGAACGAAAGUAUUUGUUGUGACACAUUUUAGCACAGCAGGUAAAUAAAGGUCUACUUACGAGUCUGACCUGCUGUCCUGGAGAUUUUAUUAGAAAGUUUGUGCGAUGGCUGGUGGCCGCCAGAGGUCGCUGUUGUGCGUGGCGGUACUUUUGUUCUCGAUAUGGUCUGUCCACUCAGAACCUCAGGCUUCAAGUCCUCCUCACAUCAUCUUCAUCAUCGCUGAUGAUCUAGGUUGGGCCGAUGUGAACUGGGAGGAUCCGAACUUGCAUUCCCCAAACCUGUACCAUCUGGCACAGAAUGGAAUUAUCCUGGGCAACUCUUAUGUACAACCUUUGUGUUCACCAUCAAGAAGUGCGCUGAUGUCUGGUUACUUCCCCUUCCACACUGGACUACAACACAUCGUCAUUCUUCCGAUGCAGAAGGCAUUUCUACCUGGAAACCUCACGACCCUUCCACAAGCUCUGAAGAACGUCGGGUAUUCAACUCACGCGAUUGGCAAAUGGCACCUUGGAUUUUGCAACUGGAAGUACACACCGAGAUUUCGUGGUUUCGACAGUUUCUAUGGUUAUUACAACGCUGAUGAAGAUUAUUACAACCACGAACACCAGGAAGCCCUCGACUUUCGAUUUAAUGAAGAGGUGGACAAGAACGCCUCGGGAGUGUACUCCACGUUUGCAUUUUCUCGCCGUGCGCAAGAAAUUCUUGAAGAGCACAAUACUUCUCAACCAAUCUUCUUGUACCUGGCCUUCCAGGCCGUCCAUUAUCCGUUGGAGGUGCCUGCAAUAUACGAAGAAAGCUAUUGCUCCCACAUUAAGGACGCCAACAGACGUACAUACUGCGGGAUGCUGGCCGCCAUGGACGAAGCCAUUGGAAAUAUAACUGAGGUGUUAGAGAGGCGGGGCUACACAGACAACAUGUUGCUGGUCUUCACUGCAGAUAAUGGUGGAGACCCCACGGAAGGGGCCAGCAACUGGCCUCUGAGAGGGGCCAAGAGUACACUCUGGGAGGGUGGUACUCGGGGAAAAGGACUUCUGUACAGCAAAAAUCUUUUCAAGAAGACAGGAACUACUUAUAAUGGGUUAAUGCACAUUGUAGACUGGUUUCCAACAUUCAUGACACUCGCCGGGGGAGAAACUCCUUCUGGUAUUGAUGGGGUCAGUCAGUGGGAUGCCAUCGUCAACGACAAAGCAAGUCCUAGAACAGAGUUUGUCUACAACAUCGACGAAAUCAAUCAGAACGCCGCCAUCAGGGUGGGCGACUGGAAACUGAUCCAAGGGUCGCCAGGCAAUCAAAGCGGGUGGUACCCACCCCCGCAGCUUGCUAAUGUUGUGACGGAGAAGGAAGAUUUCGUAGCCUGGCCUCACAGCUACAGUCUCUUCAACAUCAAUGAAGAUCCUCUGGAGACGACAGAUGUCGCUAGCAAGUACCCUGACGUCCUCGCAGCACUCAAAACGAGGCUCGGAGGAAUGGAAGGCAACCCUGGUUCCGGCCAACUUUCCUCCCAAUACCCCUCUCUUUUUGAUCUGUCUCUGUAG